UUAUUUAGAUUUAGUAGAGUUCUCAGCGAUCACCAUGGGUAAGGUUCUAGCAAUUUUUCUGGCAGUAGUCGUUAUUGAAUUCUGUGAAGGAUUCGCAUCGCCACCUGCACUGGCGUCGGUUUUUCGUCGCUCUCGGAGGAGUUCCUCGUUUCGAUGCUGCAACGAUGGGUUCGAUGAUACGGCCAACCACGAGAAGUUCACAGGCAUAAGGCAGGAAUGUGCCGAGGAGUUGAAGUUGAGUGAAAUGUCCGAGGAUGAACUACUAAAUAACCACGAGAAUUUGUACUGCUUGAUUGAGUGUAUCUCGAAAAAGUACGAACUAGCGGAUGAUCAGGGUAAUAUGCUUCACGAGGCCAUGACCGAGGCGGUGAAAGAACAUUUCAGCGUUGUUGAGUGGAAAGUUCCACUGCUGGAUGAGUUCAUCAAGGAUUGUUUUGAUUACGCUGAGGAGGAGCAUGUGAAACAUUCGACGGAAGAGGAGGGAAAGUGUAACGCUGAAGGGUUCCACUUUGCGUACUGUCUGUGGAAAAGCUUUACGCUUGCCUGUCCCGACGAGAUGCGAGACGAUUCGGAGCGAUGCGAGUCAAUACGGGACAAGCUCAACAGCAACGAGAGGGUAAGCUUUUGGAACAAUGAUAUCGCUGAAGAGCUGAAGUAGUGACGGGUGGGGAGUAGCGGAAGUAUGACUUCUUAGCUUUUGAGUCACUCGCUGUGGAAGCUUCAAUAUAUGUUCCAUCAAGCUUCCAAUUCAAUUGCUUUCAAGAUGGUGAGUAACAUGUAUAAUAUUAGAUUUGAAAUAAAUGC